AUGCGUUCUAGGUUAAGCAUCUUUGUUCUUUUGUCUCUCGCAUUUGGCAUGGCUGGAUCGCAGACCUUGCCCAAGAAAUGGCGGGAGGCGGUGAGCAGCACAAUGAACGAUGACGAGUGCAACUACAACUUGAAGAAGCUCAUCGAGGUGCAGAUUGACAGCGAAAUGCUUCAGAAAACGAAUGAUCACAUGAGUUUGUUGGCCUUGGCUAGCGACUUGCAGCAACAUCGCCGUUUGCCGGGUCUCCCCAAGGACUUGUCUGACCUUCUGGACAAAAAAGCCAAGGGCAUCGGCAAGUUAGCCCAGACUCAAACGGAGGCCCAGAUGACGCAGACGUUGAUGAACUCAUUGCGGCGUUGA